UUUUAAGACUAUGGAGGAGGGACUUGUAAAUAAAUACAAUUACAAUAUGUACUCAUUAGAAAUAUUAGGCUGAAACAAAGACAAUCUUAACCUCAUCAAAAAACGGUUAAUUGGUCCCGCACUGACCGUUGGUCCUCUCUAACCUUUCUCUCUCUCCUCAGGAGCAAAAAACAUCCUUCAAACAAAGAAAAAUCAGCAUGCCCAAAUUCCCUCUAUCCUCAUUCUUCACAAACCCUAGCUCUAAAUCCAUUCAAAACAUCAUUUGAUCCCUUCCCAUUUUCCUGUUUUUUUCUGUUUUUUUUCUUUCCCCUUUCACACUCUCGCCAUCAUUUUCCAAUUUCAUGAGAAAUUGGGAUCUGGGUCAUCAUCAAUCGUCGCAGAUUGUGGUUCCCUUUUUCCUCAAUCAGAUGUUGAAAUCCAAAUCUUGGAAGGGCGUGGGUUGAGGAAAAAGAAGGUGGAUUUAAUCAUCAUUCUUCAGAUUAGGGGAUUUCGCGAUAAUGACGAAUUUGUAUGGAGCAGAUUUUAACAAGCAGAUAGAUUAUGUGUUCAAGGUUGUGUUGAUUGGGGAUUCAGCAGUGGGAAAAUCUCAGCUCCUGGCUAGGUUUGCAAGAAAUGAGUUCAGUUUGGAUUCAAAAGCCACCAUUGGGGUUGAAUUCCAGACUAAAACUCUCAUCAUUGAUCAGAAAACAGUCAAGGCACAGAUUUGGGACACUGCUGGCCAAGAAAGGUAUAGAGCAGUAACGAGUGCAUACUACAGAGGGGCAGUAGGGGCGAUGCUGGUAUACGACAUGACAAAGCGCCAGUCGUUCGACCACAUGGCGAGGUGGUUGGAAGAGCUUCGGAGCCACGCGGACAAGAACAUCGUCAUAAUGCUCAUAGGGAACAAGUGUGACCUCGGGAGCCUACGCGCAGUGCCUGUCGAGGACGCCCAGGAGUUUGCAGAAAGGGAAAAUCUGUUCUUCAUGGAAACGUCGGCCCUAGAAGCCACCAACGUGGAGACCGCAUUCAUGAACAUCCUCACCGAAAUAUACAGGAUCAUAAGCAAGAAAACAUUGAGUGCAGAUGGUGAUCUUGGCAGGCAGGGGACUCUGAAGGGUACUAGGAUCAUUGUUGCAGAUCAAGACUCGAAUUCUGCUGCGAAAGCGGGCGGGGGUUGUUGUGGUGGCUGAUGAUCAUCAUCCCUUUGGAACACAAAGACUCUUUUGCAUUAUAGGAAGAAGUUAAGGUUUUUGUUAGUAAAGAAUGUUACUUACUCCCAACAGAACAUGAUUUUGUAAAACAGAUCAAAA